UUGUCCAAAUGAUCACAACGAAAACAAUCCAAGAAAAUUGUCUUGUAGUGAUCUAUGUCUUUAUAGAGAUUUCUUAAUUUUAUUAUAUAUAAAAAUCUUAUAUAUAUAUACAUACAUCUCUAUAUAUAUAUAUAUAUAUAUGAUGUAAAGUGUUCACGUAUAUGUCGAUAAUAAGAGUGUGUUGAACUUUAAAGCUACGAGCGUGUUAUGCACACUCGGUAAUAAAUGUGAUUAUCGUGUAACUUGUAAUCAUGAAACGUCCAAUUUAUAUUUCGAAUGUUGUUGAGCUUCGCAUUUAUAAUAACGGUUUUAUGUACUUCAUUGGACUAGUCAUAUAACGUUUUAUUAUUUUCAUUAAAUAAAGUUUAUUUUUAUUAACAUUUCAAAGUGGCUCAUGUUGCGAGUGUUCACGGUUGGAGCAAAAUUGGUUUAAAAGCAGAACACACAAUGGUGAUACGAUCGGAUGGUGGUAGUAGCGAAAGUCCAUUGCUUGUGGAAGAAGGAGAAACGCUCGGUCCACCUCAUAGUCCACGUAAUAAACAUCCUCAUAACCGACAACAUGUGAAUCCUCACGAAUGUCAUAGUCAUCGCCAUGAUAAACCAAAGCAGCUAGUAAAAUAUGGAGAAUUAGUUAUUCUUGGGUAUAACGGAUAUCUUCCACCUGGUGAUCGUGGUAGGAGAAGAAGCAAAUUCCUUUUAUUUAAAAGACCAAUACCAAAUGGCGUUAAACGUAGUAAACAUUACAUUGUUAAAACUCCUCACAGUUCACAAGCCAUUCUUAAUACAAAACAGCAUUCAAUUUCGUAUACACUUUCUAGAACACAAGCUGUUAUAGUUGAAUAUACGGAAGAUGAAGAAACAGAUAUGUUUCAAAUUGGUCGUUCAUCUGAAUCACCAAUUGAUUUUGUGGUAAUGGAUACAUGUCCUGGUGGGAGUGACUGCGGAACUGCAAAUGAAGGGCGGGUAGCUCAGAGUACAAUUAGUAGGUUUGCCUGUAGAAUUCUUGCUGAUCGAUCAAAUCCUAGAAUUGCUAGAAUUUAUGCCGCUGGUUUUGAUAGUUCUAGAAACAUCUUUUUAGGGGAAAAAGCAACAAAAUGGCAAGAAAAUAGAGAAAUUGAUGGUUUGACAACUAAUGGGGUUUUGAUAAUGCAUCCACGUGGACAAUUCUGUAGUGGAGAAGCCCAAUGUGGAUUUUGGCGAGAAGUUAGUGUCGGUGGCGGAGUAUUUUCUCUUAGAGAGAGUAGAAGUGCUCAACAAAAGGGAAAUUAUGUAGAGGAUGAAAAUAAUAUUUUACAAGAUGGUACUCUUAUCGAUUUAUGCGGGGCUACAUUACUUUGGAGAUCAGCGGAAGGUCUUGCAAAAUCACCGACAAAACAUGAUUUAGAAGAAUUAGUUGAUGCUAUAAAUGCUGGCAGGCCGCAAUGUCCUGUCGGCUUAAAUACUCUAGUUAUUCCACGUAAGGCAGCAGCAGAUACAGCUCAACAGCAACCAUAUGUUUAUUUAAAAUGUGGCCACGUACAAGGUCAUCACGAUUGGGGACAGGAGGAAGAUAAAGUAACAAGAAAAUGUCCAAUGUGUUUGGUUGCCGGAUCAGUAGUAAAACUUACAAUGGGAAUUGAACCUGCCUUUUACGUUGACAGAGGCCCACCUACUUAUGCAUUUAGACCUUGUGGACAUAUGGCUACGGAAAAAACUGUGAAAUACUGGGAACAAGUGGCAAUACCACACGGUACAAACGGUUACAUCGCAAUCUGUCCCUUCUGUGCAGUUCCUCUUGAAGGUUCACCUGGUUAUAUAAAACUCAUUUUUCAGGACAAUGUAGAUUGAAAAUAAUUAUACUUCCUAUAAUUUCAAGAAAAGUAAUCUAUAAAAAUAAUUUAUACUAAUUAAAA